ACGUGACCUUGUUGUGUAUUGUGUCACAUUGACAGCAACGUCUCGGAGGGGGUUCGUCCGCGACACGUGUCGAUGUUGUAGUUAACCGCGGUUCUGGCGCCUGUGCAUGUGCGGGAUGUUGGGGACAAAGUUUGCGUUGGCAGCUGGAGGAGUUGAAAUGAGGGAUGCAGGGACUGUGAAGCUUUGAGUCAUGAGGACAACGGCACAAUGUUGAAAGUAAAUGAACAUGGCCUCCAUUGAUGUACUUGUCUUCAUUUUCACAGUCAUUUGUGUCUGUGCAGAAGAUCUUCAGAAUGUUUUUGUGAGAGUGCAAUGCAAGGAAAUGGUUGGACAGUAUGGUCAGCAGUCACUUCUGGAGUGUGUUGUCCUAACCACACACGGGGUAGCAGACGCAGAAAUCGGAACGGUCUCUUGGAGGAAAGAGGGAGUGGAGAAACCCCUACUGGUUUUUACCAAAGGGGAAAUAACUAUACAGCAGCCGGGCUACAAGUUUGCUGAGCCGUCCUGGAACAAUAAGAACAUGAAUGUGUCUCUGCUCAUCACUAACACUGCGAUGACAAACGCUGGGGUUUAUACAUGCCUGGUGAUCACAAACAGUGGUGAUGAUGAAAGCCGUAUCCAGCUCAAUGUCAUAGCCAGAUACAGUGAACCAAUUAUUCGCUCCAUCCCUGAGAAAAUUACUGGCAACGCAGAUGCUGCACUAAUAUGUGACUCGCUUGGGGGCUACCCAGAAGGUGAAAUUCAAUGGAUUGUUGAGGGCAACAAGGAGUGGACAAAAAGCUCUGAAAUGAAAGUGGAACAAGCACAAAGUGGUCUGUUUCGACUCACCAGCAAGCUGACUCUGCUGCGAGGAUCCAUUUUCUCCAAGUAUACCUGCGUUGUGUUUAAUGCCAGUGGAGGCAAAGAGGCGGAAGCCAUAUAUACAGUAGAAGACAUACCAGAACCAGAAGAGCUCGGAGGAAGGAAAGGGAUGGAAUCAGCUUCCAAAAUAGUCGCUCCUGUGGUGGUGAUCGGAUCGGUGCUCAUAGGAUUGAUGAUCGUAUUAUUGGUGCUUUAUAGACUGCGGUCUCAACGUGACCGUCAAGAGGUUUUUAAUUGCGACCCUGAUGCUGAGGAUGGUAUGGACACUGCAUAAUGCACCAAAGCAGCCAGAUCUGAGGUGUCUACACUGCAUGGUCACAUGAAUAUGCAAAUGUUUGGUCAACCUCAGAAAUCAACACUUGUUUGCUGAAUUCACUCUGUCUUUGUGUUUAUCCUGUUGCAAACAAAAUAACCAUGGAUCACUGGUGUCUUUGUGAUUCAUCAGAGGAAAUUCAAUAUUAACCCACUGAAUGUUCCACGUAAACACUUUUGAAUCAAGUCUAAAUCUAAAACAAAAAGAGUAGACCUUGACUGAUUUUGAGACAGUGUCAAGACAACUAGAAGCCAGGGAGUCGUGAUCAGGAUCACAUCGGGACCAGGAGCACAGAACGUCCGAGUCUGUGUUGGUCGUUGAAGGAAAAAGUGUGUUCGGACACGUCUUUGUUUAACCCGCACACUAACUGUAGCAUUUUGUAGCUUGGCAGCAGUCGCACUUCAUUUCACUUCCUUAUUCUCUUUAUCUCUGCUGCUCUUUUGGGAUAAGGGUUACGUGUGUGUGUGUGUGUGUGUGUGUGUGUGUGUGUGUGUGUGUGUGUGUGUGUGUGUGUGUGUGUGUGUGUGUGUGUGUGUGUGUGUGU